AACUUUCAUUUCUACAGAAGGGUCUCAGGAGAGGAGUUUGUGGAGCUCUACUUUCUUUUUUCUCCUGUAAGAGUUUGGAAAAUCUUUAAUCAAACACUUCAAUAGAAAAAUUAUAAAAUUUAUAAACCAAAUUUGCAGUUUGGUUAACAUCAAACCAAACCAUCCUUCCAUUUCCAUUCACUAACAGCAAACAUCGAAACAGACCCGAAAACAUUCCGGACCACCUGCAACCAACUAACUGCCACUCUCGCCACCAUCCGACAACCACCUCCGCAGCGCAGCCGACACAGAAAUCUACAUUCUUAAGCUGAAACCCAACCUGAAAAGGUGGGGGGGAAGAUGAGAAGGGAAGGAAGCGAGAACCCUCAGGGGAGUCGCCAAAUCUGGUUUCAGCAGAAAAAGAACGAGUAGAUCUACAAAGGGAGAAAAAGGAACUUGCUGUGAGAACCCUCAUUUUUGUGAUGGUGGGCUUGGAAAAGGUUGAUUUGAAAGCUAUUAAGUUGGAGAAAGGAUAUGUCGGGGAAGGAGUGCAAGAGGAAAACCGCCGUAAGGCCCAACAAGCAGAGGUUCGGAAGUCUGGCACUCAAUCUAAAAGACAAGAAUCUGAAGAAACUAGAAGCUUGAAUGCCUUAAGUACUGGCCAGAGUAAUUCAAUUGUAUUGGAGCAUGGGCAGCCUCCAGUGGAUGACAGUGGCAUUUCUUUUGCAUCUACAAUAUGUCCAGCACCACUUUGUCGUCAAUUUUGGAAAGCUGGGAAUUAUGAUGACGGGCUCAAUUCCGAGACCACACUUCAAAAUGGCAAGAGUUAUCUCCAUGUCCACCCCAUGUUUCUUCAUUCAAAUGCCACUUCUCAUAAGUGGGCUUUUGGUGCCAUAGCAGAACUGAUUGACAAUGCAGUUGAUGAGUGUCUGAAACCCAGACAAGAUGUGCAUAUCAGGGAACUGGUUGGGACACCUGUCCAGAUCCAAAACGGGGCCACUUUUGUAAUUGUAGAUAAAACCUUAAAUCCAAGAGAUCAAAGUCCAGCAUUGUUAAUUCAAGAUAAUGGUGGUGGAAUGGAUCCUGAAGCAAUCCGGCGAUGCAUGAGUUUUGGAUUUUCUGAUAAAAAGUCCAAAGCAGCAAUUGGACAAUAUGGUAAUGGCUUCAAGACCAGCACCAUGAGACUUGGGGCAGAUGUUAUUGUCUUCAGCUGCCACUUGGGUGAUAGGGUAAUGACACAAAGCAUUGGUCUCCUCUCUUAUACAUUUUUGACACAAACAGGGCACGACAGAAUAGUGGUGCCAAUGGUGGAUUAUGAGCUUAACACGAUUACUGGUAAUAUGGAAAUUGCACAUCGGUAUGAUAAAGAAUACUUUAUGUCUAACCUUUCCAUGCUGUUGCAAUGGUCUCCCUAUUCAACAGAAGCUGAGCUGCUGAAACAAUUUGAUGACAUUGGAUCGCAUGGCACAAAAGUUAUUAUCUAUAAUUUGUGGUUCAGUGAUGAUGGGAAUGUGGAGCUAGACUUUGAUACAGAUCCCGAGGAUAUUCGUAUUGGUGGGGAUGUAAAAAAAGUACAGGCAAAUCCUGCUUGGAGGACAGUCAAUGAACAACAUAUUGCCAAUCGAUUACAUUAUUCACUCCGUGCUUAUUUGUCCAUACUGUACCUGAAAAUACCAGAAACUUUCACAAUAGUGCUGCGGGGGCAAUUUGUGGAGCAUCGUAAUCUCGUCCUUGAUCUCAAAUUUCAAGAAUUCAUUGUGUACAGGCCUCAAACUGGUGGAUGUAAAGAGGCUGAAGUCUUAACUACAAUUGGGUUUUUAAAAGAAGCUCCACAUGUCACUGCCCAUGGUUUCAAUAUCUACCACAAGAACCGUCUUAUUCUGCCAUUUUGGCCUGUUGUGAGCUAUGCAGACAGUAGGGGAAGAGGGGUGGUUGGUGUUCUGGAAGCAAAUUUUGUUGAGCCCACUCAUAACAAACAAGAUUUUGAGAGAACUUCCCUGUUUCAGAAGCUUGAAGGUCGAUUGAAGGAGAUGACAUGGGAGUACUGGGAUUACCACUGUGGACUGAUUGGUUACCAGGUCAAGAAAAAGCUUCCACCAAUAGAGCCUCCACGAGAUUCAUCCCCUGACAUGCCAAAUAGUGGUAAAAUGAAACCUGUCACUUUGAAUCAUGGUAUGCCAAGUGGUGGCCAGACAAAACCUGUCACAUUGAAUCAUGGUAUGCCAAAUGGUGGAAAGACAAAACCUGUCACGUUGAAUCAUGGUAUGCCAAAUGGUGGCAAGACAAAACCUGUCACGUUGAAUCAUGGUAUGCCAAAUGGUGGCAAAACAAAACCUGUCACAUUGAAUCAAAAUCACCAUUCUGUUAGUGUGAAAGCAGCAUCUGCUGCAGGACUAUCAUCAAAGAGGAAGGACCGUGGUGAUUUAAACACAUUUGAAAGAAUGAAACGGCAGGCAGGGACAAGGGCAGAUGCUCACAAUUUGGAAAUACAGUCUUUGAGUACUGCGAAUCAGUUGAUGGAUAAGGAGACUGUGAACUUGAUUCAAGAAAACAAGAAACUUCAUGCAAAAUGCUUGGAACAUGAGAAAAGGAGGGAAGACCUUGAUCUGAAGGUGAGGCAGCUAAGAAGGGAACUAGGAGAUGUUCAACAGGAGUAUGAUCGGCUUAUGGUUGAAUUAACAUCAUUAGACACGGUCAAGGAGGAAGAGCACGUACGUACGUAGAUUUUUUUGGGUACUAUUUUGAACCCUCUUAUCGUAGAACACCUUUGUUGUUGUAUCAUAUUCUGGGAAAGAGGGAGGGAGCUCAGUGUAUCGGAUUCUCAGCAUGUUUAGUGUGGAUGAUACUAAUUGAGAAUCAACAGCGCUGAUGCAUUUAUAGGAAUCGAUUUAUGCUUCAGUA